AUGACGGAUAAGUGGGCGGAACUACACAGCGAGCACGUGGUUUUUGUGGCACUCAAGCUGCAAAGAAGCAGACAGGAGAAGACUGCAGAGUGUAAUCAACAGCACAAAAUUGGCUUCCCCCUUCAUCCCUUAUCCACCAUCAACAACUCUCACUGCCUAGGAAGGACAAGGAGCAUUAUAAAAGAUGAUGCACACGUCAGCUUCGACCUCUUCAACCUGUUGCCUUUCGGGCAGGCGCUACAAGGCCAUAACAGUUUCUUUCCAAGAGAUGUCACCAUACUCAAGUUUGCACUGAAAGGUGAAUUCACAUGCGAUGAUGAUCCAGAAUUUGGAAAUGGAUUUUUAAAUGAUUUAGGUACAGCUUUUUGUGGACCAAAUGAGGUGGGAGAAAAAACUGCCAUUUGCCGAGAAAAUGGAGAAUGGGAUGAUCGGGACGACAAUUGCAUCCUUCAGAUCAUUGCGGAACUACUUUUUCAAUCUGAUUUUUUGAAUGAAACCAUUUUGGCUGAGUUUCUGGAGAAACUGAGUAAUGCCACUACUACACUGAGUGAGCAAGUGACUGAAUCUCCAAGCAACAUUGAAGCCAUCGUUAGAAUUCUUGACCAUGUAGCAUCCUUUGUAACGACAUCAGAGAUUGAGAUAACUCCGGAGUCAAUGGAGGAUGUCCUUUUAACCACAAGUGUCCUUACCCAAGAUAGUGCAAUCGCAGCAUGGGACACUCUUAACCGUGAAGUCGUCAUCGAAAUUUUUGGAAAAAGAGCCCCCACUCCUAGAAAUGAGAGUUUCAGCUCACUAUUGCUGUUUUCUCUUGAGGGUUUAACAAGUAGACUCAGCGAUGCCUCUCUUAAUAUUGAAACACCAUCAAUUAUUUUAAGAAAAACUACAUUCACAAACAGUUUCAACGAGGAUUUUAAUUCUACAGUGGAGAUCGACAUACAGGGGUUUAAUGGAGCAACAAACCUCACCGUAAUAACCUUUGACUCCUUGGAUAAUGUACUUCUUCCAAGAGAUGAAAACAACGCUUCAGGCAGGGUCAUCAAUGGAAGAGUUGUACUUGUUCAAUCUGACUCCAAAAUAGACAAUAUCUCAUUUCACUUUGACAUCAUAAAUGGGAAUCUGAGAGGACCUCAGUGUGUGUUUUGGAACUUCACCCUCUUCGAAGGUCUUGGAGGAUGGGACGAUGAAGGCUGCAAGUUGGUUGUAAGAGAGAAUGAAAUGGUUACAUGUCAGUGUGACCACCUGACCUCAUUUUCAAUACUAAUGUCACCUCAGGCUCCAAACAGCCUUGUGUUGGAUUACAUAACAUACGUUGGGGUCAGCAUUUCCAUUUUGUGUUUAAUUAUAUGCUUAUGCAUUGAGGGUGCUAUCUGGAGAAAGGUUUGCGAGAGGAAUAUAACACAUUUGCGGCAUGUGUGUAUCGUUAACAUUGCAUUGUCUCUCCUCAUUGCAAACAUCUGGUUCAUCGUCAGUGCAGGUGUCUCUGCAGGAAAGAGAAGCAAUUUCUGGGGAUGCACUGCUUUUACCUUUUUCAUCCAUCUGUUUUACUUAGCCCUCUUUUUCUGGAUGUUAAAUUAUGGCUUGUUGCUGUUUUAUUCCAUAGUCUUUGUCUUUGGAACCAUUUCGAAAAGCACUUUGUUGGCUGUUGGAUUCUUUAUUGGCUAUGGGGUCCCACUGAUUAUCGCAACCAGUACUAGAGCCGUAAAUGGACCGGUGAACGAUUAUAUUCAGGAAAAUGCAGUCUGCUGGCUCAACUGGAAUAACUCCAAAGCACUGCUGGCAUUUGUGGUCCCGGUCUUGAUCAUUGUUUUGAUCAAUUUUAUCAUUCUAUUUGUGGUGAUAGUUAGACUGCUGUGUGCACGAAGAAUGCUAAAGACUGAGGAACGUGAUGAGGAGAAUGUUGUUGCCACCAUUGCUCGAUCAGUGGCCAUUCUCACACCAUUUUUGGGAAUAACGUGGAGUCUAGGAGUGGGAACACUGGUUGACCCUGAAAAUCUUGGAGUCCAUGCUACGUUUGCCUUCUUUAAUUCUCUAGAGGGCUUCUUCAUAUUGGUUUUUGGAUUGCUCUUCGACUACAAGGUUUGUGCUGCUUAUGCACCUCACCAAGAAGAUGCAGAAGCAAGGACCAGCCAUGAUGAGCCCAACAUAGGUGCAGAGCUGGCAGCACCUCACCAGGAAGAUGCAGCAGCAAGCCCCCGCCAUGAUGAGCUCAUCACAGUUGCAGAGCAGGCAGCACCUCACCAGGAAGAUGCAGCAGCAAGCACCAGCCAUGAUGAGCCCAACAUAGGUGCAGAGCAGGCAGUUAGGAUUGGAAUGUUCACACCUCACCAAGAAGAUGUAGCAGCAAGCACCAGCCAUGAUGAGCCCACCAGAGGUGCAGAGCAGGCAGGCAGUAACAACCAGUCAUCUAACGUCGCUGAUUCAUCUUAUGCCCCCAACUCUUAA